AGACAGUUUUGGAGUUUGAAAAGACUCACCCUGCUGUUAAGAAUCUGUGCUCAAAGCUGAGGAGCGAAGCCGCUUGCCAAAAUGUGUAAAGGACUUGCAGCUUUACCCCAUUCAUGCCUGGAAAGGGCCAAGGAGAUUAAGAUCAAGUUGGGAAUUCUCCUCCAGAAGCCAGACUCGGCUGUUGACCUUGUCAUUCCAUAUAAUGAGAAGCCGGAGAAACCAGCCAAGACCCAGAAACCCUUGCUGGACGAGGCCCUGCAGUGGCGUGAUUCCCUGGACAAGCUCCUACAGAACAACUAUGGACUUGCCAGCUUCAAAAAUUUCCUGAAGUCUGAGUUCAGUGAGGAAAACCUUGAGUUCUGGAUUGCCUGUGAGGAUUACAAGAAGAUCAAGUCCCCUGACAAGAUGGCUGAGAAGGCAAAGGAAAUUUAUGAAGAAUUCAUCCAAACUGAAGCUCCUAAAGAGGUGAAUAUUGACCACUUCACGAAGGACAUCACCCUGAAGAACCUGGUGCAGCCUUCUCUGAGCAGCUUUGAAGUGGCCCAGAAAAGAAUCCACGCCCUAAUGGAAAAGGAUUCGCUGCCUCGUUUUGUGCGUUCUGAGUUUUAUCAGGAGUUGAUCAAGUAG